ACUUCUGAUUUCCACCACGAACAUUAUUGAAUUCUCGAUAAUUUAAAUUAGGUAGUUUCAUUUGGAAACUCAAAGGCGGCCAAGAUGUUUAUAUUAUUACUAUACUUGGCUCUUAUCGCUAAUUCAGAAAUCAGAGUACAAGCCGAAUCAACAACUUCGAAUGAUACGCAUGUCAAAAAUAUCAGAGAGCUAGUAACAACUGGAAAAAAUGAAAUACGAACAGACAAGCAGAAUAUACAGAUAAAUCAUAAUAAUUCUGAUGUUACACUAUCAUUUAAUGAAAACACAACAGCAUUAAUAAAAGAUUUGAAGGCAACAGUUGAGAAAUUAGUAGCACAUUUAGAAAAACCAAAACCCAAACCCAAAGAGUCACCCCGGCGAGUUUUUCAUAAUGGUAUUUAUGAUUUUUUCCCACAAUUUCCUAGAAAAAAAAGAAGUAUAGAAAAUACGACAGACGCUGUAACUAAUAGCAAUACAAUACCGGUUGAAGUUAAAAUGGACAAAGCAAGUGAUGUUGAAAAUGUUACUGAAGCAAUAAUAGCAAAAGAGAAUAAAACUGAGGUUGCAAAUGAUUACUAUGAUUGGCUGAAUAACGAUCCGAAUAAUACUACCGAGGUUAGUAAUACUACCGAAACAAGUGGCAGAAGAAGCUUCAAUUCAGACAUGGAAAUAGCUAAAGUUGUACGAACAAGACUACUAUCAUAUGUGCACGAACAUAUAAGCGAUACUAUGAAUAAAAUCGAUUCAUUGAAAAACGUUAAGAAUACUUACGGCACAAAUAACAUUUUUAACAUAGGCUACAUAAUGGCGAACGUUGAUCUAAUAGAGAAAAACUUGAAAAAAUUGAAAGAAGGUAUAAAUGACAAUAACACAGCAUGGGCCGAGGCACAUAUUUUAGACGUUUUCGAUAAAGUUAAAUAUACCAAUACCGUAAUGACUAGUCUAAUGUCUGCUUUGAAAUCGAUUUUUAAUGCAACACCAAAUAAUGGAGUUAUUGAAAACGCACAAGGUCUAAUGUAUGGUUGAUAGACAAAUCCAAAUAU